UUUGUUUUGAGCAGGAAUAGAGAAGCCAUGGAUUCCAAAAUUUCAAAGACAACUCAAAGUCUUACCACUGCUGAGGACAUGAGGAACCAAACCAAACUUAUGAUGCAGCCCUAUGCCAACUGGGAAGAGUAUCUGACUCCAGCUCCACUGUCCAUAGCCAUCAUGGGAGAGCUGGUUUUCAUCUCGUCCUCAACAAAUUUUUCCAUCAAUAAAAACUCCCCCAAAGUUGGCUACAAAUUCAUCAAAUACCCUGAUUCCUUUCGCGCUUGCCUCAUGCAAGUGUGUAACUCUGGUUGGUGGGCAUUUAAUGAGGCCCAUACGAGCAUGGAUCAGAUUCGCCUUCAUACUGCCCAAGUUCCAGAUUACAUGAAGACAGCUGUGAAGAUUCUGUUCCAAGGCGAUGAUGAAGUUGUCAAAGCACAUCUUCCUGAUCAGCUGGACAAUAUCAGAGUCAUUGCAGAUGAAUGUCUGGAGUUGUCUUGUGCAACUGAAAAGCGUUUCACUGAUGUCAUUAAUAUCAUCCAAGAGCUGCUAGAAGCAUGUGUGAAUGCAGAGCACUUCUAUGGGGAGGAGAUGUCAGCAAUCAAGAAGAAACUAGAAGAGAGCAAACUGAGGAAGCAGUCAGCAGAAGAAACCCAGAAAAGGACUGAGAAGGCAGUGAAUGCCAUGGAGAAGCAACUGGAUGAGGCUCAUGAGAGCUACAAGAAAGCCAUGGAUUCUCUCCCUGGUGGAUGGGAAAUGAUUGGCAUGGAUUUUGUUGGUGGGAUAACACAGAGCAUUACAGGCCUGGUUAAUGGACUUACAUCUAUUAUUAGUCACCCAGUGAGAAAUGCGUGUUCUGCAACAACAAAGAUCGCUGAUACUUAUAACAACAUUAGAGAUCAGGAAAGUGCAAGAGAUAUGGUUGCUGAAAUAAACGCAUAUUGUAAGUCUAAUGAAAUAUUACAUUGUGUGCAGAAAAUCCAGCAGGAAAUGAAAGUAAAUAGUGAGGAUGAUGAGAUUGCCUGGACAAAUCUCUAUGAUCAGAAGAAAAAAAUUACAAAAACGAAUUUCAUGGAAGAACAGUUCAAAAGAAUCAACAGUGAUUUACAGAAAAUCCCUGACUGCCGAGUAAAGAAACAAGCUAAAAAGUUAUGCAAAAAGGGCAUGGACAUAUGCAACCAGCUGGCAAAAUAUGCACCAGAUGGCAAAUGUGACAAACGCACAAGCAUCAAGAUAAUACAUGAGGUCUUGGAAUUGGUCAAGUCGGCCCAAGUUUUUGAUUGCAAAAGCAAAGACAUCACAAAUUCUCCAGCCAUUUCUCCAAAACUACCAAUGAUGCAAAAAGAAGAAAACAAGUCAGAGAACUCGAGUGCUUCACAGAGGGCCACAGAGAAUGCACGAUUCGCUAUAGAGCAGAACCGAGCUCAGAUGAACAAGACAAGAGAGACCUAUGAAAAGUGUGUGGAGAACCUAGAGAAGAACCAGAAGGAACUAACUGAUAUCCUGGUCACAAUGAGAAAUUGUGAACUGAAAGAGAUCGACUUCAAGACUACAAUAGAGAUGCUGGUCAAGGGAAUGGAUGCCAUGGGGAGAGUGAAGGAGCAGUGGGAGAAGAUGGUUCACUUCUUUCAGAUGGUUUCUAACAUUAUAAAAACCAGCCUGAGCAAAACUCUCAAACACUUUGUCUCAACAUCUGAGAAAACACAAGCCCUCUCUUACAAUGCAAAGCUCUUCUCAAAAGAUCUGCUAUACUCUCAGGCCUUCCAAGCCUGUAACAUUGCUAGUCUGGUUCAUAUGAUCUCUGGAACAUACACAGAUGUUUCUAACAAGUACCUGAUGGACCGUGUCAGUUCACUGGGCAAACUGAUGGCCAUGGAUAAAAGUAAACCAGAAUUUGAGCAUGAGCGGCAACAGCUGCAGAACUCCUGUGAUGAGGCACAAAAAGGCAUUUUAAGGCUUGUCCUGAAGAAUAAAGAGGAAUUUGACAGGAAGAGCACUGCAAGACAAGAAAAGAUUGAUCGAGAGCUGCUUGCCAUUCUGCCUGCUGCUCCUCCAGAGCAAAUCAAGAGUACUCAAGAGGCUGUUAAAGCCGGAUUCAGUGAGGAAGAAGAAGCAUCAUACUACUGAGAGAAUCUACCAAAUAUUUGACAAGCUUGCUAUGCAAGAUAAUACUACCAUAGUUAAGAUUUAAGCUUUUCUGUCCAGUAACAUGCAGUCACGACAGCUCAAUUUAUCUCCAUUAACAGAACACAGAAGACAAUUGAUACUGAAACGUUUAACACUGUCAAUCCAAAUUAGAUUAGUAUGUCUAUAUAGGAAAGGAUUUUAAAAGCUGAGUUAGAAAAAGUUGUUGUCUUCUGUUUAAAUUUAAAUUUCAUAUCAUAAUAACAUAAUCAUAUCAUAUAUAGCUUGCAAAUGAUUCUUACUAAAAACAUAUGCAUGGUUGUAUGAUCUGUAAUGGAAAGUGGAAGUGACAGGAAGUGUUUGCUUUUAAUAAAUCUGUUUGUUUCAUUUGCUUUUAAACUUGUUUAGAAGAAACCUAUGUAGAUUGUUUUUUUGUGUGAAUCCUUUUUUUAGUGAAUCCUUUUAGGUGGCUGUGUAUGAUAAAAUUGUCCUUGAAUGACUAUUAAUCAGCCUACAUUUUAUGCAUUGCUGUUACUAAACGCAUCCUUAGUAUAAAAUAAAUAUUACUAUACUAC